AUGGAACCAGGAUCCCCCCACCCAGAGCGAUCCCCACAACCACUGCGCAAAUCUAGCAGUCCAAAGAGGACCUGUGCCAGAAGGUCACCAGCACAGAUGAUGGAGAAACCCAGGAAGAGGAAACACUGUUCCCGGGACUCCAGCCACGACAGGACAGGAAAUGAGGACAGCUCCAAGAGGAAAAAGAGACCAAAGUCCUCUGUAGAGAAGUCUGAGCCGAAAGCCAACGGCCACCAUGGUGGGCCAUCCUGCUGCCCUGAACCCAGGCACACAGCCCCACCACCACUAAGGAAGAGCCUGGUGACCUCUAUGCGAGCCAUGUCUGAGGACAUUUAUAGAGACACGGUCCAGCUUCAGGCCCAGCUCCAUGGCUCCCUGCUCACCCAGGAGCAGGUCUCUGAGCUCACACAGCUCUCAGCGUCUCUGAGAGGCAUGGUGCAGACCUUGUACAGCUUGGCCACCCAGGCAGGCUUUGUGUUCCCUGCUGAGCCCUGGCUGGUCCCAGCCCCCAUGGCUGCCCCCUGGGAGCUGCCUGAGAAGGAAUCUCACAGUCCUUCCUUGGAUGGAGGAGAGAAGCUCACAGGUCCUGCCAGCCCAUCAGACAAGUCCUGA